GCGGACCUGCAGCUGAGUUACGAUGAAAGGUAUGUCGCAUACAGUUCAUCAUGGGCAUAAUCCGACCCACUGCCGGCACCACCUUACUCAUGGUGUGCUAUAGCUCUACUUCCUGGUAGAAACUGGAGCGGAGACUGGUUAGCGCGGCACCUACAAGAUCUUCGGACCACGCGAGCUUCUCCUUCUGGAAGAAUUGAUUCGUCAUGCCGUUUAACAAGAUCAAGUCCUUUUUGCGGUCUCUGACCGCCAACCGGGGCUCGGCGUCCGGCAAAUUUUCCCAGUCCGGGAGCAUCCAGAGCAAUGACCAAACUGGCCAACAGAACGCGAAGGAGCACCAACUGCAGAGCAAAGAUGAGGUCGAUAUUCGGGACGUGUACGACAUCGGGCGGAUUCUCGGCUCCGGAAGCUUCGGGCAGGUCCGGGAAGCCAGGUGUCGACAGGGCGGAGAUGUCCGUGCGGUCAAGAUUGUCGAGGCAGAUGACACGGAUGGGGAGUGGUACCUCAGUACUUGGGUGUAGAGGACGAGGACGUUUUUUUCUCAUGCUCUGAGUCGUAAAAAACAAAAAGUAGCCACACCACUCUGCUCUCUCUUGCUCACUUGAACUAUGUAUGCAAUCGCCAAUGCAAAUUGAUGAAGGUCCCGUCAAGUCGUGUUUGUCCGGGAGGUGGGGCUUUUACAGCAGUUAGACCACGAGAACAUCGUGAAGUUCUACGAUUUUUUCGAGGACCCCGACUUUUACUACAUUGUCAUGGAGUUCUACACCGGCGGGGAACUGUUCCAGCGAAUUUUGGAAGUCAAGCGCUUCAGUGAAUGCGACGCUGCCUUUCUCGGGUUCCAAAUGCUGCUGGCCCUGGAAUACAUUCACAGCUUGAGGAUCGUGCAUCGGGACGUGAAGGUACUAGUCUUGUCGAAAGAGCGUGAAAACCGAUGCAAAAUAUUUUUUCACUGUUGCCGUACUUUGUGAUGCAAACUGUCCCUCAUGCUCGAAAUACGAUUCGAAUCCUCAUCCCAGCGGACUAUUGAAUAAACACCAUCAGGCCGAAAACUUCCUGUUCACAUCUCCCGGCAGUAUCUACAACACGCCGCUGAAGCUGAUCGACUUCGGCAUGGCCGUAAAACGGGAUACAGAAGUCCUCCACGAGCUCUGCGGCUCACCGCACUACCUCGCGCCAGAAUUGAUCGGACAGCAAUACAACCAUUUGGUGGACUUGUGGGCUCUCGGCGUGUUACUCUACCUCCUGCUCUACGGUCGGUACCCGUAUGACGCAAAGGACCCCCAGGAGCUGAUGGUGAAGAUUUUGACGGAGAAAGUUGAGUGGCGGCACCCCAGAGCGAAAAUCGGGGAUGCGGCGAAGCAAUUCUUGAAUUGCUUGCUCGAUCGCGAUGUUAGGACCAGGUAGCGUACUUGUUUAAGUACUUGUUCUUGUACUAAAAAUAGACCUAUGCCAUGUGCACUAGCUGCUGCUGCUCACGUCGUGAAGAUUCUGUAGUCAUGCAGAAUGAAUGUGAGUGCGGAACAAGAACAACGCUUGUCAAGCCAUGCGAGCCAGCACGUCGAGGAGUCGAAAUCUCACCCUGUAGGUACACGUCAGUGAAGGCGAUGAAGCAGAACUGGAUCGUGCAGAACAUGCUGCGAGUCGAAACGCACAUCAAGCCGGUGAACAAAACCAACAUCCUUGCCUUGAAGUACAUCCAAGACCUAAUCCGCGAUGGAAAACGGGUGAUGCCACUCAGCAGACACGGAAGCAAGGAGCUCGCAGAGCCGCCGGAUGGUACCUCCAAGUGGUGGCUCUCUUCUUCAACUCCCGCCUUGUGUCUUUAGUGAAUUGUUGCACAUUGAUUCCGUUGAUGUGUGUUACUCCCUUUGGAGGCAGCCAAUCAGAAAUUCGAAUACCAGGCGCUCAGCAAGACAAAUCCGGCGCCAAAGACAGCAAAUCUGACAACAAUCGGAACAAGGGUGACAAGAAGCUCAAUGCGCCGCCGCCCAACGCGCAGAGCAGCAAUCGGGGGGAAAGGGAGAAGCAGACUUCCGGAUCGUCUUCCAAAGGGAAAGAUAAAGUAGAAACGAAAGAAACCACAGCAGUGCCUGCAAGUGGUGCCGGCGGUUCUACGUCAUCCACCGCAAAGGCCAAAGACACGACGACUGCGGUCGAGGACAAAGGAGCAACCGCAGCAGCAGGACCAACGACCGCAACAGCAGCGGCGUCGCAGCUCGCGGCGCUUUCCUCCCCCCAGGAAUCCAACGCCAGUCGCGUCACGGGCCCCUCUGUUCCUGCUAUGUCGGAGGCGUCUGCGUCGACCAAGUGCCUGUACCCGAUGCGAGAUGACAGCUCCGCCAGGGAAACGCAGGAACAGCCGCCAUCCAGUGUACCGAGCAAAGUGACGCAGGUGGAACCGGGCAUAGCUGGUUGUGAGAACAAAGAGGAGGAAACGCGGACGUAUGGGGACAAGGAGAAACAGUACCAAAAAGACGAAAAACAGGCCGCCGCGGACUACAUGGCGGAAUUGACCGCGAAUGCGAAGCGAAAGUCCUUGGCAUUGCUGGAGUUGAAUAAGGCCCAGAAGGAUUUGCAAAGUGGUGCAAAUAAAGCAGGUGCAGAAAACUCCGCAAUCGGUGGUUCUUUGCAAUACAAUGUCGACCCAAAUCAGCUACUGAUCGGCGGAACAAUGUCCUCCUCCUCCACUUCGCAGCAAACGCCCGCUUUGCCGGCGAACAAAGUAGUAGCUACAACAGCAGCACAAAAAUCUGGUGCAGCUGCUGAUGUCAAUGCCACUUUGUUGAAAGACCACGAACCGGGCGCGAAGGCUGAAAAACUGAAAGAUGGAGAGAAGUCUGCAAAGGAGCCACCAGAUGACACCACUAGCCAAAUAGACAAACAGGGUCCCGCCCUCGUCCUCGAGGAGAAAGAGCAACAGCCCGAAGCAGAGCCAGAGGCGGCGUUGCACACUCAACAACAUGAGCAUCCCGGGACCGCAACUCCCCCAGCAGCAGCCGCAGAAAGCCCGACCGGCACCGGGGUUUUGCAAAUCGAUCAGAAAAAGCUGGACGAGCAGAGCCCCUCGGUUUCGAAGAAAUCUUCGGAAAAGUCGGAAGAUUCCGACGAGGAGGAGUCUGACCGAGACCAGGUGCAUUUUGACGAAACCUUCGACUACGAGCCCAUCGCGAUCCCCAAGGAAGUCCUCCACAUGGCGCGGCGGUCCAGCAUCGCGACGCGAAAACUCGUCGACACCAGCUUCGAAACCAUGCGGAACCAAAAAUUGGAGUUCAUCCAAAACGAGUACAAGCGCGGUCUCCGGUACGGACACAGGAUGGGCGGCGGGCUGACGCCGUCUCCCUCCGAAGCGGCAUAUUCCGGCAGUUUUAUCGGCGGUGGAGUUGGAGUACAAAAUAACGCGAGCUUUUACAACCAGCCGGUAGGGGACCAUUCCGGGAGUAAUGCGAGCGAGCUGAACAAAAGCACGACUUCGACCGCAACGGGAUCUACAACGGGGCGAAGUAAGUCGACGCUGUUCAAGAACAUAACGCGGCGGGUGUCCACUUUGUUCGGCAUUGGCGAGGAGAACGUGCAAACGCUACGGGCCUCGCAGGAAGAAAAAGCGCAGAAAAGUCUCGAGCAGAAAGCAGCCAGUACUUUAGGAUUUGAUUUUUUUAUCCGCUAGCGAGAAACAAACUGUGCCAUCGCGUUUACCGAUGCAGAACGAAAUGAGUAUACGCUAUUGUGACUUCUACAAUUUUAUCAUCCAAAAGAAAUACUACUCAGGGCAUAGUCAGCAAGGUGCUGUGCCUGGAAAGCGCUCCUCUAAGGGUCCGGACGUCGCAACACGGAUGUCACAAUAUAACAAUGUGGGUUUGCCACCGGCCUCUACAGGCACGCCAGAGUUGCAAAGAGAGGGAAGGUAUGAAAAUUGCCUGCUGGUGCGUUUUGCUUUUGCAUCUGCCCUGCGAUCAGCAUCAGCGGUUCCUGUGCUGCAAGGAUAAAUGAAAUGCACCGAAGUAAAAAAAUGAAAAUGGAAAUCAGUAUCUUCAUGAAGCCGACCCCCGCCGGACCGAAGGGCUCGACCAGUUUUUUCAUGCAGCAAAACAGCCUGUCCAUGGUGAUUCCGCAGCACCAACUGACGAACGAAGGGAACCUUGCCUCCAGCCCGUCCACGGUUCUGCCCAACGGCGCCACCGUCGGAGCCAGUUCUCUCGCUGCCAAACUUCUGGAAGCCCGAGGCCAGGGAAUAGGCGGCGCAGCAGGUAGUGGUGGGUCCUUGGCCACUGUGGUGCCGGUGUCAAGUUGUAGUCCGGAGCUGGAGCACAAUUUUCCUUCUGCAGCAACUACUGGUGGUGGUGAUCAAGUUUCUGGGGGAAAUAAAAAGCCAGUUUUGAAACGCGGUGCCACAAGCGGAAAUGUUCCGACCGCGAACACUCCGGCGAAGGCCGUUCCGAGGAGGUUGAGCUACAUUGGAGCUUUGGCCCCGGGACAGGAGCAGUCCCUAGCGAGCAUGUUCGCGAAGCAGCACGUCCCGGAGACGAUUCCCGAGGCGCUGCGGGAGUCAACGCAAAGUACGAAACUCACAGGGCAUUGAAGGCGGUUGGGGGUACUCUUGUCCACAGGGUAUAAUUUGGGAGAAUGUUUAUUAAUACUUCUAGCGUGCUUGUAUGUUGUGCUUGUUUAUGUUUCCACAACUAGAGGUAGAGCCGCUCGCACAGGAAUAAGCUUCGUCGUCUAAGUCUGAGUUGAAUAUACCAUAUUUAUAGCUCUAGAAGCUGAAAGUCACUUGUGAAUUUGAUCUGCUGUGUCGCAAAAAAAGUUUGUCUCGAGGAAAUGCGAAACACCUAAUACCUCUGCAAAAGAUAAGUACUUCUUCAGAGAAAUAGUCUUUCAAUCUUUCUCUCAGGUGCUAGUAACUGCAAAAGUUGCUUCGAAAGUCGUUUCGAAUUUCAAAACAUUUACUACAGUAAAGCUUCCCGCUUCCAGUAGACUGAUAUUGAGAUCUGAGUAACUAUCAAAGACUGUUUCAUGUACGCACCUACACUAAGCACGAAGAAAUUGAAGUUCGUUUCUGUGAAACAAUUGUAGUAGGUUGAAACUCUAACGAUGAUUGAGUGAAUUUUGGUUUUCAAGCCUUCCCGCCUGUACGAUAGAUAGUGGUAGUUCACACCAGUAUCCUACCAAGGACAUCAUGGAAUUAAAGUAGUAGAAAAAAUUUAAAGACUAUCCUGCUUACAGUACAGAGACCUUGACUCGUUCCGCAUGAUCUGAGUAGCCGUGCUAGAUAGAUAAUGUUGUAUGCAGUUUUCCUAGCGGAGCGGGAUUCAGUUGCUGGUGCAGCUGCGUUCUCUUCACAAGAGCUCGGUUCUCCUGAUUGAGGGUAGAGCAACGGUUGACAAAUCGGAAAAGGGGACGAUCAGGAUAGGAAAGAAAUAUGUCAUUUCCUCUGGAGCUUCGGCAUAUGAAAUAACAACGUGGCACUGGUACGACGUGAC